CACAAUUCCCUAUGUAUUUUUUUUUGCAGUGUGUAUGAACAAAACAAUCGUGUACAACAAAGAUAGACUGAUAAACUUGAUAGAGAAACGUCCAGCUGGUGUGCCGUUAGUAACAGUUUCAAAUCAUCACUCAUGCUUCGAUGAUCCGGGAUUAUGGGGUGUGCUUCCAGUAAAAUAUGUAUGUAAUACCUUCAAAAUACGUUGGUCGAUGGCAGCGCAUGAUAUUUGCUUCACCAAUAAAUACCAUUCGAAUUUUUUUAUGUACGGUAAAUGUAUUCCAGUGAUACGUGGCUCCGGUGUCUAUCAGGAUGCAGUUGAUUUGUGUAUACAAAAGUGCGCUCUCGGGCAUUGGGUGCAUGUCUUUCCGGAAGGCAAAGUUAACAUGACCAAAGAGGAAAUGCGUCUGAAGUGGGGUGUGGGUCGUAUCAUAUACGAAUCGCCACAAAUUCCAAUUAUUAUACCUAUGUGGCAUGAAGGAAUGGAUGAGGUGUUGCCCAACACUGAGCCUUACAUGUUGAAAUGGGGCAAAAAGGUCACACUGAAUAUUGGCCAACCCAUAGACUUGCAUGAUUUUAUACAGGAUCUCAAAGAUCGCAAAGUGCCUGAGUCGGAGGCAAGGAAAUUGAUAACCGACAAAAUACAAGAUGUGUUUCAUCAUUUACGUAAAGAAACUGUAGAACUGCAUAAAAAACGGCAAUAGUAAUUAAGUAAAUUUGUUUUAAAUUAUUUUAUUAACGUUCUACUCAUAGACUCAUGGACGAAGAGGCAU